UUUCCUGUUUGAAUACGUUGUUACCUCAUCUGCCUCACUCCUCCCCUCUGUGUGUGCGCUCGUUCUCACUCUCUUUCCUACCUGGUUCACUUUCUCACUGUCUCGAGGGAGUAGCAGCUCUGAUCUUUAGCUCCACACAGUCGUCUCCUCCAGGACUCCAGUCCACAGUACCUCCUCUCCUCCAGGGCUCCAAAAAGACAGUAUGGAGAAGAGCCAGUAUGGACCCCCGCAGGAUGUGUCGGCUCCCCCCUACCCCGGCUUCCCAGCGGGCUACCAGGGAAGUGGGGGGGGAACAGCCUACCCCCCUCAGCCUGGCUUCCAGGGAGGUCCCCAACCCAGCAUGUACCCACCACCUCCCCAACCCGGCAUGUACCCACCACCUCUCCAAGAUGGCACGGGCAUGGCACAGCCUACAAAUGCCCCCGGCAUAACCCAGGUGGUGGUGAUACAGCAGCCGCUGCUAAGAGACGUACCCGGCCAGAUGAUGUGUCCCUACUGUCAGGUCCAGGUUCUGACAGAGACCACACACACCCCUGGACUGGUCACCUGGCUCAUCUUUGGAGUCCUCUGCUGCUUCAUAUGCUGGCCAUGCUCUUGGAUUCCAUUCUGUGUUGACUCCUGUAAGGAUGUAGAACACCGCUGCCCCAACUGCAAGAGAGUGAUCCACAUCCACAAACGCGAAUAGACCAAGAUGAGACGCAUGCCACAAAGUGAUCCACAUACACAAACACGUGACUAGACCAAGCUGAGAAACCUGCCACAAAUUUAUCCACAACUAGCCCCGGCCCACAGACACUGCUGCCACAAAGUGAUCUAUACUUUUAUGAAUCCAUUCCAAUACACCACUAGGUCAAGAACGCUUUUAGUACCUGAGUAAUGGUGACUCAUAUUUCCAACUAUAACACACACGCUUGUGAACAAUAGUCUGACUAUGGCUGAAAUGACUACUGGAAGACCAGCUUAACAUUGACUAGUGUCCGUGUGUAACAAGCGAAGGCCACUUCUAGCAGACUUUUUACACUGAUUGUAAUAUAUGUUUUCUUUCAUUCUGUGAAUCUUCAUGUUAGACAAAGUAGGAUUCUAUUUGUAUUGACGUUGGUAUUGAUUGGUUGUUGGGUUUUUUAAAGGGACAGUCCACAGUUGAAACAAUAAAAAAGCUGAACCCUG